UAUGCGCCAUAUUGGCAGUCUCCUCCAUCUCACCAAACGUCGAGCAUGCAUGUCUCAAACCGGUUAUUGAGGAGAUAUCUGUAAAUAUUCACAGUCACCUGCGAGCCGAAAUACAACACUAUGGAGGCCGUCAAAGCCUUUAACAAUGAGUUGUACUCAUUGAACGAGUACAAGCCGCCCAUCUCCAAGGCCAAGAUGACCCAGAUCACCAAGUCUGGAAUCAAGGCUAUAAAAUUCUACAAACAUGUUGUCCAGAGUGUGGAGAAGUUCAUACAAAAGUGCAAACCAGAAUACAAAGUUCCAGGGCUGUACGUCAUCGACUCAAUUGUCAGACAGUCGCGACACCAGUUUGGGACGGAGAAGGAUGUUUUUGCCCCACGCUUCAGCAAGAAUAUCAUUCCAACGUUCCAGCACCUCUACCGCUGCCCUUCAGAUGAUAAGAGUAAGAUAGUGCGAGUCCUGAACCUGUGGCAGAAGAAUGCGGUCUUCAAGAGUGACAUCAUCCAGCCUCUGUUGGACAUGGCAGCAGGGAUUCCCCCUCCCAGUGUCACACCAGUCAUGCCCAGCAGUGCUGCCCCAGUCAAUAACACUACACCUGGCACCCCAGCUACCCCGGCCACCCCAGCCAACAUUGUCCAGGGUCUGCCUGACUGGGCUUCCCAGAUUACCAACACAGACACUGUGGCUGCUGUGGCACAGAUCCUACAGAGUCCCCAAGGACAACAGUUGCAGCAGCUGGUACAGAGUCUACAGAUGCAGCAGCAGAAGCCCCAGCCGUCCCUGCUGCAGGCCUUGGAUGCUGGCCUGGUGGUGCAGUUGCAAGCUCUGACAGCUCAACUCACUGCCGCUGCUACUGCCAACAGUCUCAAUCCCCUGGAGCAGAGGGUCUCCUCUUUUAAUAAGAAGCUUCUGGGUCCUUUUGAUUUUGGGAAUGAUUCUGAACGUGGUGAAGAAUCUAAAAAGGACAGCUCAUCAUCUCAACUGCCCAUGGUGUCGGAGCCCAUCAACAGCUCCCUCUUCCAUCAGCUGGCUGAGCAGCUACAACAGCAGAACUUGGAGCAGUUUCAGAAGCAGCUUUUGGAGCACCAGCAGCACCAACAGAAGGCAAUGAGCAUAGAAGGGCAGGACUCAAUCUUUGGCCAAGAGAACUCCGUUGCAACUGCACAGAGCAGCAGCCAGGCACAGCUUCCUGAACCAGAUAACAAGUUGGAUGACACCAUAGACAACCAACAGCAGGAUAUGGAUCUGGAUGAGGGUCCCGAUGGUAUGGAGGAGGAGAUCUUUGAAGCAGAGGAGAAGAAGAUUGUCAGCACACGCUCCAGAACACGGUCAAGGUCACGCUCUAGGUCUCCCAAGAGGAGAAGGUCCAGAUCCCGCUCUGGCUCACGGAAACGUAAACAUCGCAAGCGUUCACGUUCACGCUCCAGAGAUCGCAAGAGGAAGUCAUCGCGGUCUUACUCGAGUGAAAGACGCGCACGAGAGCGUGAGAAGGAGCGACAGAAGAAAGGACUGCCUCCCAUACGAUCCAAGACUCUAAGUGUUUGCAGCACAACUCUGUGGGUGGGCCAGGUGGACAAAAAGGCCACUCAGCAAGACCUCACCAACUUAUUUGAAGAGUUUGGCCAGAUUGAGUCCAUCAACAUGAUCCCUCCCAGAGGCUGUGCCUACAUUUGUAUGGUCCAUAGACAGGAUGCAUACCGCGCCCGCCAGAAACUCAGUACCGGCUCCUUUAAGAUUGGCUCCAAAAUAAUCAAGAUUGCAUGGGCUCUGAACAAGGGAGUAAAGCAGGAGUACAAGCAGUUUUGGGAUGUGGACCUAGGUGUCACCUACAUACCUUGGGAGAAGGUGAAGCUGGAUGACUUGGAUGGUUUUGCUGAAGGAGGAAUCAUUGACCAGGAGACCGUUAACGAUGAGUGGGAAGCAGCCAAGAAUGCCGAGCCAGCCAAGGAAGUUACAAGUCAGCCAGUAAGCGUUGAGACUACAGCAGCAUCUAACACCCAGACUGAGACGUACAACCAGCAGGUCACCAUGAUGCCUGUACAGCUGCCAGUGGCCCAGGCUGUUCCCAGUGCAGUAGGUUUAGUGCCUCCUACCUUCCCUGUCAGCAUGGGCAUACCCCCACCAGGCUACGGGCCGCCACCACCCUUCAUAAGAGCUGGUUUUAAUACGUCACAGCCUCCGCCAGGUUUUAUGCAGGCAGCACAGACAGCAGGCAUGGCCUCAGUAACUUCUUCUCUAGUGCAGCCUUCGGUGGCAACCAGCCAAGAAGCUGUUAAAGAUUCACCAUUCGGCGCAAUGAUCCCUCCAACCAGCACUAUCCCUGGCAGCUUCAUGGCUUCAGCCAUCCCUGGAGCUGGUAUGUUCAACCCAGUGGGAGUCCAAACUCAGCAAGCCACCAACGAGAAAGCAGCACAGUCUGCAGAGGGUAUGGAUGCUGCUGCAGAGCUUACACUGCAAGGCAUGCAGAAUGCAGUCCGCAGUGGGAUGGGUCUCCUUGGUAUGCACCCCACAGCCUCCCUCACCCACCCGCUGCAUCAGUCUGGUCUGGCUGGACAGAGGAUGCCUGGACUGCUGCCUCUUGAUGUGCGACCUAACCUCCUCCAACCGGGGGCUGCUGCCCGCUUCCCACUCCUCAUGCAGCAGAGCCCUGCACAGCAGGCUGCUGGCCUCCUCGACAGUGCCCUCCAGGCUCAAGCCCGUGCCAGGGCUCCCUUCUCUCAGCUGGACCCCUUCAACAGGGCCGCCAAUCUUACCAAUGAAAAUGUUUCCAAGACAGAAGACGAGUCUUCCUCUGGCGCUGAUGAGGGCAAAGACCAGGACUACCGCUUCCCUCCAAUGGAAAAGCAGAGCACAGGCCUGCUGCGAACCCCUCCACUAGAGCAUAGGGAGCCACUUGGAGGUGGUGGAGCAGGAGGUGGUGGAGGAGGCAGGCCUCCUUUGCUCCAGACCCCAGGGACUCAGCCAGCCAGAACCAGCCUAGUGGGACGUCUACAGGCUCUUGCAGGCUUCACUCCUGAUAGCCGCUGGAACCAGACCAGAGGGGACUUUGAUGAACGAGAUGGCAUGCGAGGAGGCCUACAGGCCCCAGUCGGUCCAAAAGGCUUCCAGGAGGAGCGCCCCACUCCAGGGCAGAACUUCCCCACCCGCUUUGACAGCCGUCCUGGGACAACAGGAGGAGCAAGUGGAGUUUCAGGAAAUGCUGGAGCUGUUGGGGGGCCACAGGCCUGGAACCGUAGUGGUGGUUCCACAGCACCUUUUGACAGUGAACUGCAUCAAGACCUAGAUGAGCGAAGACGUCCGUGGGACAGGCAGAGAGACAGAGAUGAAAGAGAUUUUGACUUCAGGAGGGAGAUGAACGGUAACCGCCACAGCCGUGAGAGAGAGAGGGAACGUGAGAGGGAUAGAGACAGGGAGCGAGGCCGAGACCGCACCAGAGAGCAUGAACGUGACCGAGAACGCGACAAAGAGAGAGACCGUGAGCGGGAACGUGAACGUGGGGGCUGGACACCUCUUCUCCCUCUACCUACACCUCUACUUCCAACUCCACCUCUUAAUCCCAACCUGACCCUGAACCAAGGUAAACUCCUUUCACCACUCAAAUUGAACCCUCAGAUUCAGCCACGAUUCCAGUCCCCACUCCUGCCUCAAGCUCAGUCCAAGCCCUCUCUCCUGGGUCAGCCGCUGCCUCAGGUUCAGAUUAAGUCUCCACCUCCAUCACAGAGCCAAGCAGCUGUGCCUGAACCCCAGUCAGAAUCCUCAACUCCUCAGGCACAGUCACCACCCUCAGCCCAAUCUCCCGACCCCUCAUCUGACAGCAAGGGUCAGAGCCCAUUGACUGAGGCUCCCACCGAGGCAGAGUCAUCACCACAAACAGAAUCGCCAUCCCAGCCCAUAGCUCAAUCCCCCUCCAGAACGACUGUUUCCCCAGACAGUGACACCCCAAGCCAAGCCUCACCGCUGGUUGACGCCUCAUCCCAGGACUCACCUGUGGCCUUUACACAAGCUGCCAGCCCCCCUGAAGAGACAACUCACUCUCUGGAGGAGCAGGAAAGCCCACAGAAGGAUGAGGAGGAGUCACAAGAGCGAGCCUCCUCACCCCAACCCCAGUGGGUCAAUGGACCUGGGAUGGACAAUAGCACUGGGGCUGAACCCACACCUGAGGCCUCUCCUGAGCCCUGCCCUGAAGCCUCCCCUGAGCCUUCCCCUGAGCCUUCCCCUGAGCCUUCCCCUGAGCCUUCCCCUGAGCCCUCCCCUGAGCCUUCCCUUGAGCCCUCCCCUGAGCCCUCCUCAGAGCCCUCUCCUGAGCCCUCUCAAGAACCCUCCCCCAGUUCUGUGCUCCCUGAAAGUGAACCGGAGCAGCAGCAGGAGGAGCUUGCCUCUCCUAAGGACGUAGACAAUGAACAGAGUGAGCCCAUGGAGGAAGCUGCGAGUCAGCCAGUGGUAGACACUGUCACAGACACUGAGGGGACAUAAUCAUCACUCAGUAGGUAAAAGAUCAUUUUGUAAAGUUGUCUCUUCUUCUCUGUACUCAUGUCAGCAAACCACCACCACCACACGGGACAUGGCGAAUACUGACUCACAUCAGUUAUUGUCUGAUAACCAACAACAAAUGAUUUUAUCUCUCACAAAUACCAGUGUACUUAAAUAGAAGGCUCGUUAGCUGAUAUAUUGAUAGACAAUUUUGUUUGUGUUUUAUUUCCUUUUUCCUUUUUUAAGUUGUAAUGCCAACCCACCCAUUUUAAUUAAUCUAAGCUUGGCGGAUUUUAUUGAAUUGCCUACCAAAAUGUUUCAAUUGUAUAUGGGGGAAAUGAGCUUUGACCUUCCUAUGGAAGAGAGUAAGAAAUCCUGUCUGUUCGACAAAGGAUUGAAUACAGUUACACACAAUACUUGAAAACAGCAGUUGCUGGCUCCAUUUCUGUCUCCUCUUCUUUUAAAAUGCUGCUGCAAAGUUUUCAAUGAAUGCUUUUGUGGUGUCCUACAAUGCUUUCUGUUUCUAAGCAGAACAAAUAGCCUGCAUACAGUGAGACCAGUACAGCUGCUUAUAAUUGGGAAAAAUGAACAUUUUUAAUAUGAAAACAUGAAAAUGUUGUAUCCCCAAAAUAAAUGUCUGUAAUUUGUUUCCAAUUAUACAGUGAACACAAACAGAAAAUUACAUGCCAGGGGGAAGAAAAAAACAGGGAUGUUCUGAUGUUGGGUACAUAUUGUUUUAGUUUGAAAUAAACAUGCUUUGUCUGUUUAAAACACAUGCUUUAGGACUGUUUUCUGACCCAGGACCAGUGGAAACUAAGACUGCUUUACAGACUCGUACACAUUGUGUGCUGUCACAUCAGUCGAUUUGAUGUUCUCGUAACUCAAGUUGCUGCUAUAACAUCCAUCCACAGAGCACUUUGUUGGAUGCAACCGUGGGACUUGUAGUUUUUAGUUUCUGAUGACUUCAGCCUGUAUGUUUCCCUAAGCUUUUGCUGGGUGACUGUUGAGGAUGGGAUUGUGCCUUUUUUGAAUGGAUUUGUCGUUCAUGAUGCUACCCAACACUACUGCGUGAUGUACACCAGACUGUGCGUGCAACUCAGUUUCAGACAGCUCUAUGAACACAAUGCUACCUGCACAGAAUUGACCGGCCUACCGUUUGAAUGGUAGCUGGGCAGUUUGUACAGCACUCACCUAGAACAAGUCUAUAUACUCCAUCGUUCUGUGCAUGCAGGCCUGUAGCCAUGUUUUAACCUUACUGUCUCUCUUGUUCAAUUCAUACUUGUAGUGCUUUUCUGUUGAGACGUACUAGAAAUCCAUAGUUUGCUGUUCUCUCAGACCAAAUGUCUACUACAGGAGUUGUGAUGUUGAAUAAAAGUUGAAGGUGCAUCAGA